AUGAGAAUAAUCCUUCCUCUGGCGAUCUUUCAUGCAAGUGAUGUGGUUCAGCCCUUCAGAUGGGUCCACGUAAAAAGGCGACUCUCUCAUAGAGGACUAUCCCGUGGAGAACACAGGGUAUUCCUAGAGUUGUUGGAUUCCUAUCCUGGCCUCUUGGAUCGUCUGACGGGCGGAGAGGAAGAGGAUAUUAUCCACGUAGGAGAAUUGCUAGCGCGGGGCGAUGACACUAAGACACUGAAAUCUGCUGUCGUUGAAUGGCUUGUCCCCAGAGGACAAGUAGUUAUACCCCCUCUUUCCCGAAACAUCAAGUCUGACCGAGGAUUCAACCACGAAGUCACGGGCGCGUUGCUUUGCCCUGCAGGACUUGACUGGUCGAACACAGAAACCAAGGAGGGUCUGAAGAGCAGUGAAACCGCAGUUCGUGGUGACCAAUGGCCUAUAUUCUUAUAUGCAGGUUAUGUUUACGAUCCCGAAGAUCCAUGGAAGGGAUUAUUAAGGAGCGAUAUACUUAUUUUCGGUUUCAAACAUGUAUUUACGUCACCGAGCUCAGUGGAUAAGGAGCCAAAGGCAAUGCGCUCCGGAAAUGCGUACCUUCAUGGCAUGAAGUCUGUUCGAUUUUCGUUGAGUUCAUCGUCCAUAUUCUCCCGUACCAACACGGUCACAGACUCGGAGAAUUUCUAUCAUAGCAUUCUAGACCUGUUAGAAGAUACUGAUGAAAGUGAGGAGGUAGGCGACCUGAUGCUGUGGUGGACUCGCAAAAACAGCGUGCUCUCGAAGAUUCGUGAAAAAUGUGCUGCCCUUCAGGAGCGAGCUACUACUGUUACAAAUUAA